AUGUCUGCAGCUGCUGAGAGUGGCACUGGACAGCCUGAGGAUAGGACUAGUUCCAUUUGGUCCAUCCUCCCUUCGUUUGAUCCAUCCACGGAUGAUCCUCGGGAGUACGUGGACAAGGUCAAAUUCUUGCAUUCCAUAUGUCCACCAAAGGACAAAAGCAUGUUGGCACCUCGCCUUGCCAUGUUGAUGAAGGGCACGGCCUGGGCGCAGAUCAAGUCUGCCGACACGGCCAAGCUCGCUGAUCCGGACCAAGGGAUCCAAGUUUUGUUGUCAGCAGUCGCUACCUGGGAAGAGGCGGCUGAGUUGCAGACUUACGACAAAUUCGAGAAGGCGCUCUACAGAAUCAUUCAAAAGGCCGAUGAAACCAACAUGAGCUUUGUGAAUCGGUUGAACGUGGCCUUCAUGGAACUUGGUGAAGUCAAUGUGAAGGAUAUGAAAGCUUUCAUACUUCUUCGGCAGAGUUCUUUGACUGCCGAUGACAAGCGGAAGGUCAUUGUGAUGACCAAUGGAAAAAUGGAGGCCGAGAAGAUCGAAGCAGCUAUGAGGACGUUGUACACCAAGGUAAUGGGCAGCAAUUCAACCAGUGACUCGAAACGCAAAGUUUACCCAGUGAACUACAUGGAUGAUGAGCCCGAAGAGGUACAUCAUGUGGCAGAGGAGGAGCACUUCGACGAAGACUGGAUCCUCCAAACAUUGGUCGAUCAAGGUGACGAAGAUGCUCAGGUGGUUGCCGAUUUUGAAGAUCAACUGGUGGAGGUAUGUCAAGAAUCUCCAGAGUUGAGCCUGUGCUUUUCGGCGUACUCUGAAGCCAGGGGACGCAUCAGGGACAAGAUCAAGUCUCGAGGCUUCUGGCCAGCGAAGGGAAAGGGGAAGGGGCCGCGCAAAGGCUUCAGUGGAAAAGGGGGCGGCAAGAGACGUCAAAGUCUUGCUGACCGCAUUGCGGCCUCACACUGUCGAGUUUGCGGCCAAAAGGGCCAUUGGAAGUGGGAAUGCCCCAAAAGGGGGGGAUCUUCGACUACGGCAUCAAAUGCGGAUGUCAACAUGGCCUUAGAGGUGAAGAGCAGCAGCGUUGCCGAGGAGAUCAUUCAUGACCUGCCGUCGUCUUCAAGUCCUUUGGAACUUCAUGAUCUUCUAUUUGGUCACCAGGUUCAAUGGGGAAAGUCGGAUACGGUGUUUCGCUUUGGAAACAAUGGAACUUUGUCAAGUGUUGGAGCUUUGUAUUUGCCAAUUGGUUGUCGUUGGAUGCGUUUAGAAGUUGUGGCAGGAUCCAACAAGAAUCCUCCGGAGCUGCCGUUUCCGGAAGACUCCAGUCUGAACUAUGCCUGUCCGACCAAGGCAACCAUCCGUCGUCCUCAAGGAGUGAAAACAAUGGAAGAGUGGGAUUCUCAGAUCUUUCCCGAGGGCAAGCACUCGGGCGAGACCUUCAAGAUGGUCCACGACCAGGAUCUCAAGUACCGCUCCUUCAUGAUGAACCAUCCAAACCUGACCAACCCCUGGGCACUGAGCUUCCAGAACUAUGUCAGGGCCAUGAACCUGGUCGCCAUGCAAGCCUCUGACACGGGGGGAGAGUUCCUCGAAGGCAACAACGGGAACUGUGUCGAAUACGACACCUCCUUGGCAUCACGAAGUCUCAGGUCUGGAAUGGGAUUUGAUGACGGAAGGGGUGGAACUGUCUCCACCUCCGAAGCGAAGUUUGAGUCCAGAAGUGGCCGAGGCAUCAGAGAUGGCCUUGGUGAAGGACACGGAGAAAGAGCAGCGCCUCAUCACCAACAUCGCGAUCCUUCAGAGGGAGCUCGAUCUGAUGCGCAAGAACACAGAUAUCUGAGUGGUCCCAACUUAGUGACUCCAGCAUCCGUGCAAGAUGAGCCAGGCAAAUUGAUGUCCACUCCGGCAAAUCUUCAAGAAUGUGGUCCGGAGUUAGAACGACUUUCCAUGGUGAUUCAAAAGGAGUUGGACGCAAUGCUGGCACUGACUUGGGAGGUCAAUGCACCACGUGAUAAGUCUUUGUCCUGUAAGAUACAGCCCAAUGAGAAGUGUAAACUUGACUUGCUGGAAGUCUAUUGCGAAGAGAAUUCACAGUUGACAGAAACAGCUCUUAAGGUGGGCCUCAAGGCCAGGAGAUUUACCAAAGCUGACGGAGACUUAUCUACACCUCAGGGUCAAGCAGCACUCUGGGAAGUACUUCUCAAGGAGAACCCGCGGGAUGUCUGGAUGUCGCCGGAGUGCAAGCUUUGGGGGACGGAUCGUUUCCGUCUGCCCAAGGGCGAAUAUGAGGAAUCGGAUAUUCCACUUCGCCAGACUUUCAUUCUGCAUCGAGUUUCAGGGCUUUGUUACGCAGAAGCCGACCCCUCCGAGUGGAUUCUGAACUGGAAGAGUGCAACCGGCACCGAAGCUCCUGAUGAAUUGUCUUCCAAGGGCGAGCGUGCAAAGGCACGUCUGGUCAUCAUUGGUUUCGAGGAUCCUGGACUGGACACAGUGGUCAAUGAUGCUCCCACCACCCUGUCGAAGGAUGGCCGCAUCGAUUUCCGUCAAUGGGAUGACUGCAGCAUUGAAUAUGAUCAGAUAGGCUACAUUGAGAAGAUUGCCCCCAUUUCUGUAGGAGAGUUGCAGUCGGCAGUGUGCAGAGCUACGGUGAAUGAGCUUUUAACUGCAAACAAGGUUUUAGCUGAAGCAAAACAGAAUCCGGUGUCCCUCAUGGUGCUGCCAAUUGCACCUGGCGAUGUAACAUAUUGUGCUUUCUCGGAUGCUUCUUCUCUUUCAAACAAGCAGAAUUGUGCUCAUCAGGGAACCUUGAUUUUUGCUACUACUCCUGCUUUGUUGGACAAUCAGCGGUCUGUUGUAGCACCUGUUGCUUGGACCAGUAAAAGAAUUCCGAGAGUUGUGCGAAGCACACUUGGAGCAGAGGCGGCUGCACUGUGCAAUUCGGUGGACAGGCUCAUGUGGAUUAGAGUUUUGUGGGCCUGGGUUCGUAAUCCUGAGUGCAACUGGAGGCAACCUGAAAAACUUCUCUUGGAAGAACGUACUUCUGCUUUUGUCACUGACUGUAAGGGGGCCUUUGACUUGUUGACAAGGACGGCACUUCCCCAGUGUUCAGAGCACAGGACCACCAUUGAGUGUCUUUUGAUUCGAGAGAGGUUGCGGGAAAACUGUGUUGUACGAUGGGUUUCAUCGCAGGCGAUGCUGUCUGACUGCCUUACAAAGUCAAUGGACUCACAAGUCCUCAGAGA